UGUUCUUAUAUAUUUUAUAAUCUGUUUUUCCUUAUGCGUGUCAAACAAAUCUAAAUAAAUGUUUCAUGUUAUAGAAUAAAGAAAUACAUAAAUAGUUUCAUAAAGGUUUAACAUAUUAAAACUUGCAUUAUAAGAUAUAUUACAUAAAUUGAUAAAUAUUUAUUUCCAUUUAUUAUAAAGCAAUAUGGCCGACGUUUUGGAUAUUGAAAAUUCAGAGGAAUUCGAAGUUGAUGAGGACGGUGAACAGGGAAUUGCGCGUUUGAAGGAAAAGGCGCGGAAACGUAAAGGACGUGGUUUUGGUUCGGAAUCUGGUGGCGGUUCCGAAAGAGGUAACAGAGGCAGAUAUGACAGUCUAGCCCCUGAAGGAGAUGGCAACACUCCGGGGCCACAGAGAUCAGUGGAAGGUUGGAUUCUGUUUGUCAGCAAUGUUCAUGAAGAAGCACAGGAGGAAGAUAUACAGAACCAGUUUUCUGAGUUUGGAGAAAUCAAAAAUAUACACUUGAAUCUCGACCGUCGUACUGGCUUCUUGAAGGGAUAUGCCUUAGUUGAAUAUGAAACAUACAAACAGGCAGCCAGUGCCCGUGAGGCUCUAGACGGAGCUGAUAUUCUCGGACAAGCGAUAUCCGUGGACUGGUGCUUCGUCAAGGGACCGACAAAGACUCACAGGAAAAGACGAUAGUAUCAUUAACUCAUUAUGUAUUGCACUUUAAAAUAUAUUUGUGGAUUUAGUAUUAAGAUGUGUUUUUGUUAAUAGUUUCCGUAUUAUCCAUUGGGGCUGUCAAUGAAAUACGUUUGCAAAUAAGUUUGUCUAAGAUUUUUUUAAAAGUGAAACUAGGUACUCUAGAAUCGUGAUUUGAAACUCGAUAAAAAAUUCGUCAUAACAAAGAAAGAAAUUCAUAAAUUUAUAGGAGAGAAUGAGAUAGAAUACAUUGCUGCUGUUAACGCGUAAGAGACGCGUUUUGUGUGGCGCGUAUUAGCCAUGCGAAGUGUAUAUCACUGAAAAGAAAAGAGAGAUAUACAUCAUUUUGAUCUUAGGAUAUAUAUCACUCAUUUAGCUUAGUUAAAUAAUUUUACAAUGCAACCAAAGUGCAACCUUAUGUUGUCGUUAAAAAAUACUUUUUCGCUUGUUCAAAGCAAGAUGAUUGAGUCUAUGACGUUGUGAAAUAUGAAUUGAAAAGAUACAGAGCCAUAGCUAACUAUCUCUCUCUUUCGCAUGAUAAACGCCAUCGUCCGAUCGAGUUACACUAGCUCUGUCUCGUUUACUCUCACUCAGUACGUCAGUCGAAAUGAAUCAUAAGCCUAGUGAGCUGGAGAUAUAUUUGAAACGUAAGUGAGCUGAUGAGAGUCUAGCUCACUUGAAAAGAUAUGUUGCAUUUGUAUCACUCUCAUGAGUUACCCAAGUCUAGCGCGUAUAACCUUUUUUACGAAACUGAUCAUCGAAAUUGCAACCGUCAUCGUGUCGCUAUUUCUGAAAUCGUUAAAUUUACAUUGUCCAAGUUAGCAAAAAUGUUCAUAAAAUAAAAACUACUGAGCUAAAUUAAAUUAAAGAAUUAAGUAAAUCGGAUCAAAAAUUUCGGCGUUAUAGGUGUACAUAACAAAAAAUACCAACCGAAUUGACAAUAUCCUCCUGUUUGAAGUCGGUUAAAAAUGUGAUUUAGCAUGACAAGUUCGUCCAAAAUGGUAAAAUUUUGCGUGACGUAUUUUAUAGACGGCCCCGUAACCAUAAGGGUUAACGAAGUAUCAUUUAGAUUAUACGUUAUCCACAACUUAAUUUAAAAUUUUUGGUUCUGGUAACUUAUUUUUGAAUAUUCUUACAUUUUUGUUUACCGCUCUUUUAAAUGAACAAAGUUUAUAAUGUGGAUAUGUUUAAAGUGCUUUACGUAACAUUAUUACAUUAACACCUAAACUAAGAUUGCAUAUUGUAAGUAAUGUAUGUCUUUCUAUAA